CCCGGUCCUCCCCAGGUGGUGGGGCUCCAACCGCCGGGACCCACUCUCGCUCCAGAGGCGUCUAAGUCCUUCACUUGCACUGCCUGGGACGUGACAUGGGACAGCUGAUUGCCAAGUUGAUGAGCAUCUUUGGUAAUCAGGAGCACAAGGUUAUCAUCGUGGGACUGGACAACGCAGGGAAGACUACCAUUCUUUACCAGCUCCUGAUGAAUGAGGUGGUCCAUACAUGUCCCACUAUUGGUAGCAAUGUGGAGGAGAUCAUUCUUCGGAAGACCCACUUCAUCAUGUGGGAUAUAGGAGGCCAGGAGGCUCUGCGCUCUGCCUGGAACAUGUACUACUCCAACACUGAGUUCAUCAUCCUUGUGAUUGACAGCACGGACCGGGAUCGAUUGCUAACCACUCGAGAAGAGCUGUAUAAGAUGUUGGCCCAUGAGGCUCUGCGAGAAGCUUCAGUCCUGAUCUUUGCCAACAAGCAAGACAGGAAGGACUCCAUGAGUACUGGGGAGAUCUCCCGAUUACUUACUCUCAGUGCCAUCAAAGACCACCCAUGGCAUAUACAAGGGUGCUGUGCUCUUACUGGGGAAGGGCUGCCUGCUGGUCUCCAGUGGAUGCAAUCUCGGGUCACAGCUAACUGAUGUCCCAGCCUGAGGCCAACCAGAAACAUUGGGGUUGGUUAACACGGGUGGGAAACCCAAGUGGCUAUUUAUUACUUUUUUAUGAUUCUCUGGUGGGAGCAGGGACAGAUAUGGAUAAUGAGAUUGCCAUCGCCUGCCCAACCCCUCCCUGAGGACUAGGACUGUACACCUUGCAUGGUUGCAGGCAGGACAGUAGAAAAUCUUUACUCCAUGGCUGCUGUAAGUGCCUCUCCCAGAGGUACUAGGGAAACUAUUAGAUGUGGUAGAGCCUCUUCCUCUCCUCUGCCCUAAGCCCUCUGCAGGAAAAUGUAUGUUUGUGUGUGUGGGCACAGUAAGAAACCCCUGGAAUUGCUCCUUAUUUCCUCUCCCUCCCCCCAGCAUUCUGGCCCAUUAGCUAUUUUUGUCUGAUACUCUGUGGGCAAAGGACAUCCUAGGGGGCAGAAAUGGGUGGGCUCAGGAGCAGGAGGGCUCAGUCAAACAAUGGAAGGGGAGAAGGAAGAGGAUAGGAUGUCCCAGAUGGAGACCUCCAUUGGACACUGGACACCAAGGGGUCUCAUUCCUUCCUCGCCUUCCUGUUCCCUCAGAGAUGCUGACUCUGACCACAGUUUUUGGAUUUUAACCCUCUCCAUGGUACCCUUUCACUUCCAGUGUCUUGCCAAUGUGACUCCCAUUCUUCCCAACUAUCCCAAGAUCUUAUAAGGUCUGCUUAUUUUGUCUUUUUGUAA